GGGGUGUUUGGUGUGGAGCGUGAAGGCCACCUCAUUGCUCCAAUCCAAAACUUGGGGGCUGCUUCUUCUUCUUCUUUGUGUUGUGAGGCCAAAACCAGUGGGACCAGCUUCGUUGGCAUUGACAUUUCUAGAGCUCAACAAUAAUUUAACAUCUUCCUCCUUCCCUCCCUCGCACACAAGACAACCACACCUCAUAUAACUCCCUCACACAUUAAUCUCCCUUCUCUCUCUCUCUCUCUCCCACACAUCACAUUACUACAACUACAUGCCAUCACCAUCAUCCAUGGAACAAGAAGAUAACACUAUCAUACCCACAUUCCUCAGAAAACCUGCAGAAGACCAGAACAACAACAACUCUCCCACCCCUUCUCACAAGUCUUUGCAUGUUUUCCGCCGCAGCAGGAGGCGGUGGAGGAAGGAAGUGGCAGUGAAAGAUGCUGUGCAAGAAGAAGAAGAUGAAGAAAAAGAAGAAGGAGAAGAUGGGGGUGAUGACAGAGAAGAGAUAGAGAGGAAGAUUCAUGCAUUACAGAGGAUUGUGCCUGGUGGUGAGUCUUUAGGUGUGGACAAGCUCUUUGAUGAAACUGCUGGCUAUAUUCUUGCUUUGCAGUACCAAGUCAAAGCCUUGAGGGCUCUCACUGGUUUCUUUGAGAAGUUGGAGAAGGAGAAAACAAAGUUUGGAGGUUGAUGAUGAACAUCAACGUGAGAUGAUGAAUGAAUGAAUAUAAUCCAUGGUGAUGACCAUGAUGGAUUAUGGAAGCAAGCAAGCAGCCUAGGUUAGGUCCUUUUGGUUUUUCCCACAGACCCCCAUUAGUUAGAAUUUUUAUUUUUCUUCUUUUAAUUUUUAUGUUUUCCUUUGUUGUACUUUUGGAAGUUGGGAUCAAGGAAAAUGUUUAUCCCAUGAUCGAUGUUCUUAGAUUUUUAAUUUUUAAUUUUUUUUUUGAAGUUCUCACCA